AUGACCUCGGAUUUGCCUUGGAUUGAAAAAUAUCGCCCAGAGUCGCUCAGUGAAUUGAUGAGCCAUGAAGAAAUCGUGAAGACAAUUCGAAGAUUUCUGGAUCAAGGAAAAUUACCACAUUUCUUGUUCUAUGGUCCACCCGGAACUGGUAAAACAAGUACUAUUCUUGCUGUUGCGAAGCAGCUAUUCAGUCCGAAGGAAUUUUCUUCGAUGGUUUUGGAAUUGAAUGCCUCAGAUGAUCGGGGAAUUGGCGUAAUUCGUGAGCAAGUUUUAACAUUUGCAAGUACAAAGACUUUAUUUUCUGGAAAAUUUAAGCUUAUUAUUUUGGACGAAGCAGAUGCUAUGACUAAAGACGCACAAAAUGCUUUGAGAAGAGUUAUUGAAAAAUUCUCCGAGAACACGCGUUUCUGCCUUAUCUGCAACUAUCUCUCGAAAAUAACCCCCGCAAUUCAAUCCAGAUGCACUCGAUUCCGUUUCCCCCCAGUCCCAAAAGCCCACAUGUUUAAACGACUUGGCGAAAUAGCAGAGAAUGAGAGAGUUCAGCUUACUGAAGAUGGCAAGGUGGCUAUCCAUCGUUUUUCUUCAGGUGACAUGCGUAUUGCUAUCAACUUGCUUCAGAGCGCUUCGAUGUCCUGCAGUGUUGUUGAUGAGGCUGGUGUUUAUGCCUGUACAGGUUACCCGAAUCCAAGUGAAAUGAAGAGGCUUCUUGAAUCCUGUCUAAAUGACUCUCUUACUGAGGCUUUCAAGAAAAUCUCCGAAAUCAAAAUGGAAAAGGGUAUAGCAUUACAGGAUAUUGUCUCCGAACUGAGUCCCCUUAUCAUGCGUUUGAAAAUGCCAGAUAGUAUUAAGAUAGGUUUGGUAACGAUGCUCUCUGAAGUGGAGUACCGAAUGUCCUAUGGCGCUUCAGAAAAACUCCAACUAGGAGCUCUAUGUGCCGCUUUUGCUGAUGCGCGAGAACAUUUAGAGGCAAUGGAUAACUGA